GGCUCUGCAAUGCCUCUGACGAUGAGCGAAUCCGGCGCCAAAUCCAGCCAGCCCUUGGCCGCCAAGGGGGAGAAGGACGUGUCGGAGAAGAGGGGCCGGGGGCGGCCCAGGAAGAAGCCGCAGGUAUGUGGGGUCCCCUGGGAGGAAGGGGAGGGGGGUACCCCACUGGGCAGCUCUCAGGAGCCCAGCGAGGCCCCGACCCCCAAGAGACCCCGCGGACGGCCGAAGGGCAGUAAAAACAAGGCCACCCCGAAAGGCAGGAAAGCUGCAGUCACACCAGGGAGAAAACCUCGAGGCCGACCCAAAAAAUCGCAGGACGAGGAGGAGGUGAACAUUUCCCAGGAGUCAUCCGAGGAGGAGCAGUGAAACCUCCAG